AUGGCGUUAAUCGACGAGCACAAGGAUACGUUCGGCGACGGGUGCUACUUGGAAAUCGCGAAUAAUUUACACAAGGCGUGGUCGGAACGCGCGAGAUAUUUCCAUCAUCCCCAAAGUGCAUUCCCAACAGUAUCUGGGGAAAGGGAAACGCGCACGACGCGCGGAACGAGCACCAGACGGGAGGACUUUGAUCCAGAGACGGGAUUGCCGGUGCUCGUCCCUUUUCUUUCGCGUCGAAGUCCGAUGACUCUAACCGGGACUCAGCCGCAAGCGCGCGGUGUCGUCCCCGGUGGUGUCGGCGCGCCUUCUCCUCCCCCUCCUCCUCCUCCUCCUCCUCCUCCUCCACCGCCCUUCGCGGUGGAACCGUAUCUGGUGAAAGGCGAACUUUUUUCCCCGGAGGAAGGACGAAUGGAAUUAGAGUUUAAGUGCGAAAACGGCUUCUCGACGGGAUUUUCCUCUUCGUCGGCGGCGGAAGAAUGGUCGACUGAGAACGCGAGCGCGGAAAUAGGAAUCACCGUAACGGAGUGGGUGGGAACGUUAUCGUUCGUGGAAGAGUCCGGCGGCGGCCAGACCUCCGUGGCGGCCGUCAUGGAGUGCACGAAGCUUCGUAAACACGACAGCUCGCGAGGCAGGUACGGCGAUAUCUCGCCCGGCGAGUUGUUGAAUUUAUCCAUGGACGCGACGUCGCAAAUGGUGUCGUUUUUGAGCGAUUUACAACGAGAGAAUGACGAGUGGACGACGGGCGCGUGUUUGUUCGUCAAGAAAAUGACGAUUUUGGACUCGAGAUUUUUCGGUCUCGGGAUUCCUUUGAAGAUGAUCGACAUGGCUGAUUACAUGGUGAACGACAAUCGUUCGUUGUUGGUCAUGGAUCCGUUGUAUUUAGUGAGAGAUUUUUGCAACGACGAGAUGAUCGUUCCAGAUGGAACAAACGGGGAGGAGUGUUUGGAUUCGCUGGUUCAAUACUACAAGAAAAUUGGCAUUCAUCGACCGUGGAGAGAGGAGAAAUACAUCGGAAGAUGGAACGGUAUGCCGUAUCCCUCGGCAAACGCCGUGUGCCCGCACUUACAGGCGUUCAGUUUGCCGUUGUUGAGAGACAUCGCGAACAUGAAUUAA